GCGCGAAGCCAGUUCGCAACUAACCCUUGUGGGGAGCAAACGCGUUUUGCGGAAAAUUCGUUUACACCAAAUAUUAGUCGCGAACAAGUCAGUCAUCAUGCAGUGAUAUUUAUCAAGUGCAUCACCAUUUUAGUGAUAAUUUACAUACGUUUGAUACAAUAACUGAACGGACGAACUGUGAUAACAAUGACGGAAGAGAAGCGCUCCAUGUUUUGGACACAGCUUCAUCGAUUAGUUCAAGAAUGCCUAAAUACGGUUCUAUGAACGAAUCAGCACCGUUCAUCAAGAAUGGAGUACCGGCCACGAUCACCAAGAAGGUGCUAAUCGAGAAAUGCAAGCCUGGGAAAGAAGGCCGAGGGAAAGCUCUGAAACAGGUCUUCGCCUCGUUUUUGGCUAAUUUGGGCACCAUCAACACAGGCAUGGCCUUCGGUUUCUCAGCCGUUGCCCUACCACAGCUGCAAAAUGAAAAUUCCACGCUGUUUAUCUCCGAAGACCAGGCCAGUUGGAUUGCAAGCUUGAGCUCAGCCGGCACCCCGAUCGGAUGUAUUCUAAGCGGCUACCUGAUGGACUUAAUUGGACGACGUCUCACUUUAAUACUCACUGAAAUACCUCUCAUUCUCGGAUGGAUUCUGAUUUCGACCUCUGUAAAUAUUCCCAUGAUGUAUAUAGGUAGGCUGCUGGUUGGCUUCGGUUCGGGUAUGGUUGGCGCCCCAGCCAGGGUGUACACGUGCGAGGUAUCACAACCACAUCUCAGAGGCAUGUUAGGAGCUCUGGCGUCCGUCGGAGUGUCAACAGGAGUUUUGAUAGUGUAUGUAAUAGGCAGUAUAACUUCAUGGAACAUACUGGCAGGCGUUUGCGCAUCAGUUCCUAUGAUGUCACUCCUGAGCAUGCUGUUUUUACCGGAGACGCCGAAUUUCCUUCUCCAGCAAGGUAGGAGAGAAAGGGCCGAGAGCUCAUUGGCUAAAUUGAGGGGUUCCACUUGUAAUCUACAAGAAGAGAUCGAUAAAAUGAUUGCAUUUAAAGAGAAGAACCAUGUUGAGCCACUGAAGUCAGCGAGAGAAGUAAUCAAAGCUUUAUGUUCGCCUUCUGCUCUAAAGCCGUUUACGAUCCUCGCCAUUUACUUCUUCGUGUAUCAAUGGUGUGGCAUCAACAGCAUUACGUCAUAUAGUGUUCACAUUUUCAAGGCGACGGGUAAUGAGGCGCACAAAAAUGCACUUACUAUUGCGUUGGGCGUUGUCCGAGUCGCCUUCACGAUUGUCGGGUGCAUUAUGUGCAGAAGAUAUGGACGGAGACCUCUCACUUUCGUCUCAGCCGCCGGCUGUGGGAUCACGAUGUUGAUCCUUGGAGUGUACUUGUAUUUCUUGGAAGGAUGGAAACAAAACAAUGUGACUCCAUCGUACACUUGGAUCCCAGUGGGCUGUAUCUACCUUUUCAUGGUCUUCUGCACUGUAGGAUACCUAAUCAUUCCCUGGGUUAUGAUUGGUGAAGUUUAUCCAACGCAGGUGCGCGGCAUCAUAGGCGGCAUGACCACGUGCGUGGCGCACAUGUCCGUGUUCUCGGUUGUGAAGACAUACCCGUUGCUGGCGAAGCUUAUUGGACAAUACGGAAUCUUCUCCUUGUAUGGUGCCAUGUCGCUUUUCGGUAUACUUUACUUCUAUUUCUUCUUACCGGAGACCAAAGGUAAAAACUUGCAAGACAUUGAAGACUACUUCAGCGGUAGAACGAAAACUCUCAACAAAAAGAAUAGCAUUCAGACUGCCGCGUGAUAAUGAUCCAGACAUCGAAAAUAGGCCUUAAAAAAUCAAUUAUUAGUCAUUCACGGGUCUGUUAAUGUUUUAUUUGUUACUAGCUGACCCGGCAGACUUCGUAGUGCAU